AUAGCUGUUUUUAACUACUAUACGUGAUUUUUUUUCUUAUUUACCAAUAUUUACAGAAGAACGCUUUUAUUAUUGCAUUUUGUAUAAUUUUCUUGGUUGCAAAAAUUAAAAAUUCAAAUCGCGCUCUAUAAAGUACAUCCGCAUAUGUAUGUACACGAUUGCAGUUUUGUGUGGCCGUGAUUACCUUAACUCUUGUAACGGAAUAAAAUUAUUAAUAUUCCUAUCUAGACAGUGGCGCUAUUUUGAAGUAAUUAUCGAUGUUGUUUAAUGCACAAGGAUGCUUAUACGUGCUAUAUUUAUAGAGGAAAUCAAUAUCUUUAAUUUUCACACAUACAUAUACAUCCAGUAAAGCUUAUAAGGUUUCUUAUGUCAUAAGGUUCUUUACAGAAAAGAAAAUGAGAAACGGUAGCAGAUUGUUAAAAGUUCUCCUACAAGCUUCAGAGAAGGCAGCAAACAUUGCCAGGACUUGCCGACAAAAGGAAGCUCUUUUUCAGUUGUUAGUGCAAGAAAAAUCUUUAGAAGAGAAAAAUCCUCGUUUCUUCCAGGAUUUUAAAACGUUAGCCGACGUUCUCAUUCAGGAAACUAUCAGACAUGACAUAGAAAUUGAAUUUCCAGAGUUAGCCAAAUUAGUGAAAGGUGAAGAAACCAAUGUAUUCAGCAAUGCCUUGGGAGAAUCUAUUAUCGUUGAAGUCUGUUCAUGCAGCAAAGAAACGACAAAGCUACUGACAAAAGUUAUGAGCAACGAUGCUGUAGCAGCAGAAUUGCUUGCCGCCGAGGUCCAUAAAGAUGUUCAGCUUUCAGACGUGCCAAUCACAUUAGACUUCCCCAAUGAUUUUGACAUCAAUGUGGAUGAUCUUGGUAUUUGGAUAGAUCCAAUUGAUUCAACAGCAGAUUACAUUAGUGCGACGGAGACAGUGGAUGAGCAGACCGGUUUAUACUUGAGUGGAUUACGUUGUGUCACUGUCUUAAUUGGAGCAUACAAGAAAAGUACAGGAGUGCCAGUUUUGGGUGUAGUUAAUCAACCUUUUUGCACCAAUGUGGACUCGCAAUGGACGGGAAAAUGUUACUGGGGUUUUCUGGGACGUGGUAUCGCCAAGUCUUCCAUAAGUAACACGUCCAAUGUCGAUAAAAUCAUUUUACUCAGCCGCUUCGAGGAUGCAGAUGUAAAAUCAAAGCUAUUAAACAGUGGAUUCAGAUUGGUGGAAGCAACAGGAGCAGGAUACAAGAUACUGAGCGUCGCUGUUGGGCAAGCGGCUGCCUACAUCUUGUCGAAGGGUUCCACCUAUAAAUGGGACACGUGCGGACCGCAAGCUCUCCUGUCUUCGGUUGGCGGAGGUAUCAUCGAAUUCAAAGAGUUCAUCGUGAAUCCAGAUUCAGACAAUCUGAGUGUCAACUAUUUACCUAUCGGCACAAAUUUCUCUAAUCGUGUAGGCUUGAUAGCAUACAGAGAUCCUCAAAUUCUGGAAACCUUCAAAGGUAUUUUAAGUAGAUCUCGUUAAUAUAAGUAUAACGAAGAUAUUAUAUAUUAACACUAAAGCUUGAUAUUGUACCUUGAAGAUUUUCACGAUAAUUACAUUACUAUUUAUAUUUGAUUGUAUAAAUAAAAAUUGUAUUUCACUCUAUAAAUUUCAUGUGAAAGCUUCUAGACGAUGUUUUCAUUGAGGCUAUUUCUUAUGCCUAGUUUGUGAUAUUAUCUGUGAACUUUAAUUCAAUUGUACAAGAUAUUUAUUAUAUAUAUAGGUAAUAUAUCCAGUAAUAAACUAAUAUUAUUACAUUCGUUGACUUAACAAAUGGAUUAUUUGUUAAUUGAUGUAGUUCUAAUCGUUAAUUGUGAUACAAUAAAUGUGGGUCCAAAUAGAGAAGUUGUUUAAUAUAACAAGUA